CAUCAUUGAUGUUAAACUAUGCAUUCAAUUAUUGCCUUUGUUAAAAUAAUUUGAUUUUAGGAGGAGAUCAUCAUGUGGAAGGUAGAGAACCUCUUCCAGAAAUGAAACUAGAGUCCAGUCUUAUGGGUGAAGAAAGAUCUAAUAUUCACUUAAACUCUCCUCCACAUACAUUGACCCUAGAGGAACACCACUAUCCUACUCUAUAUGAAGAAGAAACGAGUGAAAGAGAACCAAAAGAUCAGUCUCGGAAAGUUGAUCUAGAAUCCUUACCACAGAAACCAACACAAUCUAGUCUUGCACUUCCCUUUUCACCACCACCUGAUGGACUGAUAGUUAAGUCUACUAACGAAGAGGUUGCUCUUCUUCGUAACCAAGUUCAUCAUCUAAGUCGUCGUAUGCUUGCCGUUGAACAGGAGAAUCAACAAAUACAACAUAGAGAAGUAAUUCUCUACACAAUGAGUGCACUUUAUUUCCUCUUAAAAGGAAUAAUGUGGAUCUGUCGUCACUGGUGAUCAUAUGUUCAUUUUAGGAUUUAAGUUUAACUUGAAUCUAUGUGAUAUACAGACCAACAAGACCUAUUCCUCAAAACAUUCUGGGAAUAUGGAUCAACGAUCACUGUAUGACAGGUCGUUCUUGACAGAUAAAAAAAAAUAUCUUUUGUGAAAUAUAAAUGGAGAGUGUGUUUUUUUUUAAUUUCUUGUAUGAUUUUACAACUUUAGAAUCUUAUAGAUUGUUUUCGGGUUUUAAAGGAAACCUUUAAAAUAUUUUCUCUCUAUCGAAUUUUAAGUAGAAGUAGUUUUAAUGCACUUUUACUAUUAAAAAUAAAAUGAUGGUUUUGACUAGAGAUUUGUAUGUAACUCAGUAAAGUUUAUUACUGUUAAUAACAUAAUGCUGAAAUAUUUUGUGUUCGUAUUGCACUUAAUGCUCGUAAGAUUACUUUUAAUUGUCCGUGUUUGUGGUGUAUUAUUACAGAAUAGAAGAAUGAUUUAAAGUAAUGUUAUUAACUCUUUAGGCAUUACUGACAAGACGUUGACACAAACCUAACUAAAUGAUACGCCCAGUGAGGCAAACACAACGCAUGUAUCUGCACUAUGUGAUUUCAUAGAAAAGUGAAUUCUAAUGUUUAGUAAAAUUCAGUCCUGGUUAUAGUUACAUGCAAAAUAAUGUGUGCUUAUGAUUACAUUAUAAAAUUAUUGAAAUGUGCAUACAUCAUCUUAAUGCAGGAUCUAUAACUUGCAUACAAUGUUAUAUAUUCACCAUCUGAUUUUUCGUUAUGGUGCUAUUUAAACACCAAGCCA